CGGGAAGCUGGCUUUGUAAUGAUUUUUCAUGACCUAAGACGUGCUGUGGUGCAAGAGUUUGAGGAGACCGUUUUGUGUGUGCCCCCUUGUGAGGAAGUCCAGCAUGUUCCAAAGACAGCACGGAUUUCACAUGAUUUGUGAUCAUUCCGCAGCUUCACAGGCCCAAAGCCUCGCAUGCCGAGAUAGUCCUAGGACUUGUUUUCACUCUGGAAUAGACCUGCACACAUGAGGAAUAGACGUGUGUCCAGCACUUCUGGAUGAAUGUCACGCAGGGACCAGCUGCUUAGUCUGGCGUGUCUCUUGUCUCUCUCAGAGUGGACGCUGUGUCUGGAGGCACCCGAGACGCGGGGUCUCUGUGUGUCCCAGUAUGAAGAAAGGAAUGGAGCUUGGUUAUCCAUGUCAGGCGCCAUGUCUGUCUACGUCCAAGCGAAUCAUAGGCCUGAAUGGUACUGGCAGGAGGUCUUUGAACGACGUGGACUCCCUGACCGGGGAGUCUUGGGCGACGAAGAUUCGCGUGUCGAUCGGCUCUCGGGCGAAGCGCAGGGGCAGAUCCUGGGCUGUGGGGUCCAUGGUGGUCGCUACUGGGAGAUACAGAUGUACUACCAACGACUCUACGACCUCGCUCCAAAGAGUAUGCGGACGAAGAUCUUGAAGGCCUUUGCAGAAAGCAGUGGAGCUAACCGUCCAAGAAGUGGAGAGGAGCUGCCCCCCUCCAUGCGUGUGACUCUUUGCAUUCCUGCAGAGUGCGACAAACCCAUGAUCCGUGAAACGAUCAUACCCCGGUUCUUUGCUCCGAAGCAUGUGGGAUUGGAACCUUAUGAAGCCAAAGAUGCUUUGCAAAAUGCCUUGGAUGUCAAUGAGCUGGCAGACUGGUCUGACAUCAACAUCGAUUUUGUAAUAGGCGGCGUUUUUUUCUGUGGCACGACAUCAUUGCACCGAAAUUUGGAUAAACAUCCAGAACUGGCAUUUUCCAGUCCUGAAGAGGACUACUUCAUCACUGCACAGAUGGCACACCGGCUUUUACCCCUGAAAUCAGACGUGGCUGCCUUUAACCAACAGCUCGAAGCUGCGAAGGAUGCCAAAGCCCAGGCCACAGGCCAUCGGCCACACCUGGUGGGAAUCCGCAACCCGAUGAUUUUUCACUUGCCCUUGGCCAGGCACAAGAUCGCACGGAUCACGAAAGCAAAGAUGAUCCUAAUCCUUUGCGAUCCCCUUGGGCGCUUGGAAAAGGCCUUCAUGUUUCAUCUCUAUUGUUUCCAAGGGAACUUGGCAGAGGCAAAGCAACAGGGGCUUGCCUCGAACUUCACCUUUUUGGGAAGCCCGCGUGACGACACCUGUUUUGACAGCGCUUCUGUGCUGCUGACCGAGAGAGAUGGUGAGUUGAAAUCGUUUUGGCAGCAUGCUGAAGUAGCCGUGCACGUGCCGAACCUUGCGCAACUCUUUCGUGGGCGAAUGAUUCUUUGUAUGUCAUUGUAUGUACUGCAGUUAUGGUGUUAUUCUUUUCUAAACAACAUCGCUUGUUGGUUUCGCGUGGUAUUGUGGUUAAAUUGAUAUAGAAACAAGCAAGAUACACUACGUGGUUAUAUAAUUGUGUUUUGACAUUGUAUUUGUUUUCUUACACAAGAUUGGUAGAUAUCUCUUAUUAUAUUAGGAGCUUGGACUAAACUACUAAACGUUGCAGAUUUGUAAGCUUGAUGUUGCAUUCCACAACUUAUUGGAUUGACAUCAAACACUACUAAAUUGUGUAGACAAUACAGGACAUUCAAAGAAUCCUACUUGUGAUGCAAUGAAAUAUGUAUCACGAGUAAACGUUGACCAACUUGUUGGAUCAUGUUGCCAUAAUCAUUAUAUAGAAUCUGCUCAAUUGGGUAGCCAGAUGGUUCCACAAGCAAAUCUCAACCAUACGCUAUACAGCAUUGUUGUUUGUGCAGCAUGUUGAACCGCUGCCUUCUCAGCACGUGUUGGUAGUUUGGAGCUCACAUAGUCACGUGUUUUCUCUUAAUGACUAUGACCAGAAUUGACCAGAGGUGUGGUUUGAUAUCGCCCGGUCGUUUGCACAUAUCUAAGGAUGGUCGUGCACCAAGAGCAGCUUCGCCGGAUUCCCAAGAAUGUGUUCGCCUCAUUAGCCCAUUUCUUGAAGGUGAGCCCCGAGCUCAUUCCGAGCUCUACUCGGCACAACUCCAUCGGUGGGCAUCGCACCGACCUUUGCACCUGUAAUUGCAAUGCCAGGAGCCCUUAGUAGCCAUACCAGGAGCCGCUAGUAGCGUCCUUGCUCCUGGCUGCACCUGUAAUUGCUCACAUUUAGGACUUAGACACCCUACCAGCAAGGUGAUAGAUGAAUCUCACGAGUAUCAGUAGCAGUGCCGACAAAUGAUGUGGAGAACCGAAGGUGUUUGGUGAACCGCAAUUCAACUGAUUCAAUCGUCAAGUGGCCCGAGCUGCCAAGGCCACAAUAUGACUCUUGUUAGAGCCUUGCAUCGACGACUUCAGCGGGAGUAUGACAUGCAAGCUCAGUUGAUGAAAACCGACAAGGUGACAGUGAGCCGGCUCAGAACUACCCGGUGCUCCGAAAUCGAUCAGGCCAAGGCCACGUUUUGCCCCAACGCGGAAUGUGCUUAGCACUCAUGCCGAAUGGGAUAGACCGAUGAGGAGCUGGUGGCUUGCGCAAGACGUCAGUGCUCAAGACACGAUCGCCCAGGUGACGUUUGGUUUCGGUCAUCCAGUCUAUGAUGACAAUUGUACAGGUGUUGUGGGCCAAGCUUCUCCCUCAUUGUGUCUUUUGGCUGCGGCAAAGAGAUGAGUGAGCUCGGGAUUCGGGUUGCACGACCAUUCUGAAUGCCAGGCUGAAGGCAGUUGCUUUGAAGAAAGGUUCGUUGACUACCUGUAUGUCUAUCACCUCAAGCGCAGGACUUGACAACGGCAUGUAAUCACCCGCUGCAAUCUGAAGACACUGCUGAAGCUCUUGUCCUUGGCCAUGAUGUCUUGGGUUCACAGAGGUUGAAUGCCAUUGGUAUUUCUGAUGACACCAGCCAGACAUCAAUCAGUCGGAGAAGCAAAGAUGGAUGGGGAACUCAUGUAGGCUAUUGAUGGGACUUCGGAAAAGGCACAAGCAUGUUCCGAAAAAAGCUGGCGACCUUUUUUCGGAGGAUCUUUUUCGUGUGCGCCGACGCAUGACCCAAGUUUGGCUUCAGAUGUACGGCUCAAGAAAUAAGC